UAGAGCUAACAUUGAUCCACAAAUAACUCUAAAAUCUAUAUACCCAUAUUUUUCCCCUCAACCUAUAACUUAUUUACUUUCAACAUGGAUAUUCCCCAAGUGGACAUGUUGGCUGUGUCCAAAAACAGUCGCGUGCAGCGUAAUUUGAUCCUUGGCUAUGUGAUUCCUGGUCUAAAGAUUGUGGACUAUAACGAUGUUAAUCGCAUUGAUCAGUACUAUUUAGAUUGCCAAAAGUAUCGUGACUACUAUCGCGAUCCGUAUGGCAAGAUACCCAAGCCGGAGCGAUUCCGUCAGUAUCAGAGCAAGUGUGGUGUCAAGGUGGAUAAAUCCUUUGGGGAUCUGUUGCUGCCACCCAGCUGGCAAGUCGACCGUAAGCCCGUUGUCUAUCCGGCUGAAUACGGUCACCCCAUGGACUCGAGGAAGAGCUAUAGAACCUUGUUGAUGGGCACCUAUAAUCCAAUUACCCAUACGGGAUUUAAACGAUAGACCUACUGGAACUAGCUUAUAAUUAUU